AUGGGUGAUGUUGAGAAGGGCAAGAAGAUUUUUGUGCAGAACUGUGCCCAGUGCCAUACUGUGGAAAAGGGAGGCAAGCACAAGACUGUACUUCCCAAGAAGUACAUCCCUGGAACAAAAAUGAUCUUUGCUGGCAUUAAGAAGAAGGGAGAAAGGGCAGACUUGAUAGCUUAUCUCUAA